AUGAGCAGGAAUCUGGCAAAACAAGUUCAAAAUUAUGUUGAUGAUCUGAAAAAACAUGGUUAUUCAUCGCUUGAAGGUGGCAAGGAUUCAAACAAUGUGUUGUCCAGCAGUGCUGAUUUAUUUUUUUAUUUGCGCAAUUGUCUUGAACAAUGUUCAAAAUUAAGUAGUAGUCAUCCGUUACUACUUCUUGUUCAAACAUUUAAAAAACAUUUACGAACAUAUGCUAAUCGUGUUUUAAAUAGCCAUUUACCAAAGACAAAUACAUGUGCGUUAAAUCCAGAAUCAGCUGAGAGGAUAUCAAAUUUCAAUGGAACAAAUAUAUGUCGAGUAUGCUCAAUUAUGUACACAGCAGAAGAUUGUUUGGGCAAAAUUCAACAGUUCUCAUGGCAAACACUCGAGACUGUUGAAGAACAGAGUACGUAUGUGACGACAAUUAUGUAUCAAGUGCAAAAAAUUGUGCUCAAUGUUCGUGAUCAUCUUGGUUCAUCCCGACACUGUUUUACAGAGUUUUGCAUCGCUUUAGUCAGAUUUAUGAAUGAUACUGGUACGGAUGCAUUUCAAAAAGUACUUGAAAUGAAAAUUACACACGAUGAAUCAUUUUCUAAUCUUCGAUCAUAUAUUAAUUCACAUUUAAUAUCAACUGUUGAAUUUUUAAAAUCAAAACGAUUACCAAGUAGAAAUUAUUUAUCGUCAACUGAUAGUAAAUUAGACGAACUUGUACAACGGUGUCAUGGUGCAUCUGGUUUUGUUUAUUUAUUUGUUCGUGCCUAUAAAUUUUGUGAACAUUGUUUGGAUUAUGGAAAACAUAAUUUAUCAAGAACACUUGAUCAUCCAUAUUCAUUAUUUAAAGGUUAA